AUGUACGUUCCCGGAGUGUCGACAUCCUAUCAGCUACCGAGGUUUAAGGCCAAGUUCAUUGGGAACAACUCCCAGGAUGGUUACACUGAGUACUUCAUAGAGGUCUCCAACCUGGCUAAUGGUGACAAGUGGACGGUUAGUAGGAGGUAUCGUGAAAUAAGGGAACUUCAUGAUCAUCUCAAGCUGAAAUAUCCCGAUCGCAUACCUAAGAUCCCUAGUAAGAAGUUAUGGGGUACCAUGGACCCUCAAUUCAUCGAGGAACGCCAGAAGGGCCUCCAAGCGUACAUGGACGGUGUGUUAGCUAUCGAGCCAGAUGUUCGUACAAGAGUACUGCAGAAAUUCCUGGAAGUCGAUGUGGAGGCCAUGAAUUUGUACAGUUACAUGCCUUAG